CAUCAAAACCAUUUUCAACCAAAUCCCACAGUCCAUGAGAUUUCAGAAUGGUCUUCAUUCGAAUGCUCCAAAACUCAUAGUUUUCUCCAUUGAAAACUGGUGUACGAAGCUCAGAAGAGCUUGAUCCUGCCAUGUUAGACAUCAGACGCAGCUAGAAAAGCUUCGUGAAAUUUUGAGUGAGCUCAACGUCAGCUCAGCUAAACACCAGCUCGAUUCUCACAGAUUCACGCCCAACAAACAAUCGAACCUGGCUCUGAGGCCAUGUUAGAAUUCUCUGUUUGUAUAUGUAUUUUCAGAUUAGGAAGAGGUGUAUAUUCUGGAGAUUUUAGUUAGAGAGAAUGAAGAGAAAUGAGGAAGGCACUGUUCUAUUGAAUUCUUACAAUCUGCAGCUUACAUAGUGUGUCUGACAGAGAGAGAAAUGUGAUUCUCUCCUAACAGAAUUACAACUGUCACCCUAUUAGGUGCUUACACGUGUCAUACCAAAUCUAAGCUAGAGAAUCCACCUAGACUAUGAUCUAAUGGUUCUCAUUACAUCAUUUAAAAUAGACUUAGCAGAAAAUAGAAAAUGACUUCAGCUCUAAGAAAUCUGUAGAAGGAUUAUAUUUCAACAUUUCUAAUAUAGUUUGGGGCUGAGAGAGAGAGAGAGAGAGAGAGUGAGUGAGUGAGUGAUGUUUCGGACAAUUUUCGACGCCAAUGCCGGAGAGGGUUUGGGCCAGCCAACUCCUGAUUCCUCAGAGAAGGGAGAGCCGGGGUCCCUUUGGAGGUCAUGGGCUUGUUGCUCGGAAGCUUCCCCGACGAAUACACAACUCAUGUUGUGGACGUCGUUGCGAUGCCGCAGCGUGGUACUGGUGUCAGUGUCGAGGCCAUAGAUCAUGUCUUCCAGACUGAUAUGCUCGAUAUGCGUAAGCAAACUCAACGACAUGAGAUGGUCGUAGGCUGGUACCAUUCGCAUCCUGGAUUUGGCUGUUGGUUAUAUGGCGUGGACAUGACUACGCAACAGGGAUUUGAAGCCUUAAAUCGACGUGCUGUGGCUGUGGUGGUGGACCCCAUUCAGAGUGUCAAGGGUAAGGCAUUGAUCCAUGGGUUAAACCGGAAUUAUUACUCCCUAGCAGUAAAUUUCAGGAUGAAUGGAGUUGAGGAGAAAAUGUUGCUUAACCUUCAUAAGAAGAAAUGGACUGAUGGGCUGACGAUGAGGCAAUUUGAUGCUCAUUCAAAAACAAGCGAGCAGACUCUUCAGAAGAUGUCCAACUUAGCUAUUAAGUACAAUAAUGCACUGCAAGAGGAUGGCGAUGCACAGCCGGAGAAGCUUGCAAUUGCAAAUGUGGGAAGGGCAGAUGCCAAGAAACACCUGGAAGAACAUGUCUACAACAUGAUGUCCUCAAACAUAGCCCAGACCACCUUGGGAACCGUACUCGACACAGUUGCGUUCUAGAGCUCAGUGGAGGUCAUGGAUAUCUAUUGUCUGGAUGUACGUAGAUGUUGGCAUACAUUUGUUAUCCAAUUAACAGUAGUUGGUAAUUAAACAGUGGAAGAGUUUGUUAAUGCAAUUAAACAUUGAAAUUGAAAAUUGAUGCAAAGCUGAAAAUUAACUUGUUUGGCUACUCA